GCAAGGUCUCAAGAUCCGCGUUCGGAAGGAACAAAAGUCUGCCCGCGCAAAACAGUCUCGGUCGCGCCAGCCGCCUAUUAAUCCGGCUUUGCCGUCGAGUGAAUCAUCUCAACCGUCGAUCCCGCAACACCACCACCACAACCAGCAACAGCACCAGCAGCACUGGGCUUCGGCCGAUCACCACCCGACCCACUCUGCCCAUCACCACCACCACUACCAGCAACAGCAGCAGGCUCCACCCCUCCGCCAUCAUCCACACCACCCCCACUCGGGCAGUGUAGAAAAUGGAUCGCCACCGUAUCCACUCCCCCAUGCAGCCAGCACCGGCAGCUCCCACUCUUCGGCCCCACCCCAGGUGUAACCAUUCAAGGGCCCACGCCGUCGAUGUCCACUAGCGCUGCCAAUCUGCCGCCAAUGCCACACGCACAGUACCCCCCUCCUCCCCCUGGCAGCUACCACCGGUCCUAUCUGCCACCCGGCGCUGACAAUGGCUACAUGCCUCCAUCUCAGCAGCCACUGCCUGUUCGUAGCAUGUCCCCGGCCACCCACGCCCACUACCAGUAUCAGCAGCAGCAUUCAAUGCCUCCAAGCAGCGGGUACACACCGCACCCCCCGCAAGCAGGCAUGACCACGCCGAUGCCCCCUAUUUCGCGCCCAGGAUCUGCGAUAUCACGCCAGCAGCCAUCUCACUAUGGAAGCGGCCACGCAUUGCCGUCAAUUGCCUCCGACUACCCGGAUUAUCCGCCGUCCUCGCACCGCCACUCACAGCCGAUGUCACACACAGGAUAUCCUGCGUACCGCCAGCAAGGGCCUCCACCGCCCCCGCAACAGAUGCACGCUGCCGAUAGAUACGGUCAGUCGCAACAGCAGCAGCAACAGCAACAGCAGCAACAGCAGCAGCAGCCAGCCGCAGCACCGCGCUAUCCCCCGUACCACCGCCAGAGCCCCACGGUACAUUCUGGUCACGGAUUUGCCAGUGCCGGACCAGCGCUACAGCCCAUACAGCCGCCCGCAGCCGGAUUCGGGCAUGUGGGCGGCAGGCAGUGGCAGCGGCGGCAGCGGCGGCGGCAGUGGCGAUUCGUCGCGACGGGGUAUGUCGCCCACUCCUCGCCUGCAGCACCCUACGCUGGUGGAAUCGCCUGUAAACGAUGCUUUGCCUGUCCCUGUCACACGCGGAGCAGCAGCCGUCGAUGUAUCGGCAGCAGUACCAGCUGACCCCGGUGCAGCGGCCCCAGCACCAGUCCUCGGUAUCGCCGUCGAUCCCCGAUCACCCGCAUACCGACGGGUCAAAGCGGAUGGUGUCAAUGUCGCCUCACCGGCACCACCCGUACCAGUCAUCGGCACAGCGCCCACGCACGCCGCACUACCCGGUUACAUCGCGGUCCAGCGUGCCGUCGCCAUCCCUGAUGGGCCACAAGUCGGUGACAGGCUCGGGCAACAGCAGCAGCAGUGCGACGCAGUAUAAUGUGACAGAAGGCGUUAUGCCGCUGUCGACGGCGCCGGUCGGCAUGACAACGGAGGCGACUACCCCGACAACAGUCAUCGACGAGCCGCAACAGGGUCUGUCGACACAUUCCCGGCGCAUCGCCGUGCAUAGCCUGCUGAUUUCAGAGUCGUCGUCCAUUU